AUGGCUAUGAACAAAGGAGAUAAUGUUAUAAUUGACAUCGAUCGCUUGGUGUCUUCAAUAGAAGAUAUGAUGCCCCAUGAUUUGCUCACACGGCCUAAGUGUUGUAUCUUCAAAACCCAAGCCAUUCUCUACAGGAAUAAUGAAAAAGCUUUUGUCCCCAAUGCCUUUUCUAUUGGGCCUCUACAUCAUGGCAGUCUAAACUUGAAAGCCACAGAAAAAAUUAAAGUUGAGUAUUUACAAAGCCUUGUCUCUCGGUCACUAUUUCCGGAUACAAUGCUAAUAACUCUCAUCACUUCCAUCAUAGAGGUGGAGGAAGAGGCACGUGAGUGUUAUGCUGAAGCAAUUGAUUACAGCCCAGAAGAACUUGUGAAAAUUUUGGUAGUUGAUGGUUGCUUUCUUAUUGAGUUCUUCCUCAGGCACGCUUAUGAGGAGCUUAGAAAAGAAGACGACCCUAUUUCCACCAUGUCAUGUAUGAGCAAAUUUCUAGGUCAUGACCUGAUAUUGCUAGAAAACCAGGUACCUUGGAUGGUACUUGAGAUUUUGUUCGACUUGACAAAGGAUUCUAAUCAUGACAUGCCCCUAUGUCUACUUGUCGCAUAUUUCUUUCAUUACCACUUUUUAUCCUAUAGAAUAUUGCCUCCCCCGCAGGUUCAAAUUACUAAUCUCAAAGGCAUCAAACAUUUUGUUGAUCUAUUCAGAAAAUUGUCGACUCUAUCAAGUGUGGAAGAAAAGAAAGAAAGAAUGCAGGGGUGGGAACUCUUGCCUUCUGCUACGAGUCUACUGAAGUCUGGAAUCAAAUUCAAAAGGGGUACGUCUGAAAGCAUAUUGGACAUAAAAUUUAUUGAUGGCGUUCUAGAAAUUCCUCCAAUAGUAAUUCACGACUUAACAGAAACUGCCUUUCGAAAUCUCAUCAGCUAUGAACAAUGUCACCCCAAAUGUGAAGCUAGGGUCACUUCCUAUGCCAUGCUCUUAGACAACCUCAUUAUCACUACCAAGGACAUGGAUAUUCUCAUCGAUAAUCAGAUAGUUGUCAAUUGGUUGAAUCAUGAGGAUGCGGCCCAGCUCUUCAACAAGCUUUACCAUAACACUUAUGUAAAGGACUACUAUUACCAAAACAUUUGCCAUGAAGUAAAUAGUUUUCGCCGAUGCAGGUGGCCGAGAUGGCGUGCGGUGCUUGUGCGCAAUUAUUUCAACACUCCAUGGGCUGUUCUUUCCACAGUUGCCGCAUUUAUCCUUUUAAUCCUCACUUUGUUACAAACAGUGUACAGCAUAAAAAAUUAG